UGGUGUGUCUUUGUGAAGUCAUUUUUCCCGCACAUCCCGAAGUUUGGAGAGCUGUGCAACCGGUUUUGUUUGCUCAGUUUAGGUUUGGUCGCAAGAAUGGGAACAUUGUUUGGAUGGUGGGCGUUGCUGGCGGCGUUGUUAACGGUUUGUGGAAUUUCGACCGCUACCGGCGAGCUGAUCCCGAUCGAUUUGUCCAUCUUUGGAAGCACACUGUAUCGUUUGAUCGAUACGUCCGUAGAUUCUCUCGUUCGUAACCAUGAUCCGUGGUCGUCGGGUGUAGAACCAUGGGAGCUCGGCAACCUGGUCGGUGGUGAUAUGAGACUUCCUAGGCCUCGGUUUCGGCACGCACUCGCCGGACCACCAGACGCAGCGUACCGAUGGCCUAAUGCAACCGUGAUCUACUCGAUCGAUGGAACUUUCAACUCGUCCGAGUUGAAGUUCAUAAACGGUGCGAUGCGUGAGUUUGAACGCCACACCUGCGUGCGCUUCCGUCGACGGCGUCCGGAAGAUGUUGCCUACGUUUCGAUCGACAACAUUGAGCCCGGCUGCUGGAGUGACGUUGGCCGUGGUGUGGAGCGUACCGUCGUCAAUCUACAGCCCGGAUGUGCCAACGCGCUCACGACACCGGUGCACGAGCUGAUGCACACGCUCGGGUUCUACCACGAGCAUAAUCGGCUCGAUCGCGAUCGUUACGUUACGAUCCUGUACGAAAACAUGCUGCCGGACGAAUCAUUGCGGAGUAACUUUGAUCUGGUCGAUCCAGGAAACACAACCACCUUCAAUGUGCCGUACGAUCUCGGCAGCAUUAUGCACUAUCGGAAGGAUGCGUUUUCGAAACGACCCAGCGAGCUGGACACGAUGCACGCCCGGGUACAGUGGGAGGGAGAACUCGGCCAACGGAACACACUGACGUGGUACGAUGCACUGCUGAUAAACAUCAUGUACUGUGGUGUUCCGGUGCCGCGGGAACCACUUCCGAUACCGUCACGCUGGAUUCCGGCCAAAGCGUACGGCAGGAGGGAUCGAUUCCGGUACCAGCGCGUUAUGCGGACUGUUGGAGCGAACUAGUGAGAGAAUCAGACGAUUCGAGAAGGCAGGAGAAGGUUAAAAUGUACAUUUUACAUUUGUGAAGUAAAAU